AUGGAAAAUUAUAGUGCUCAAGAGUACGCUGAUAUGGUAAUUGUGUACGGUGAAGCUGGUAGAAAUGCUCGGUUUGCCGCCCGUCUCUACGCAGAACAAUUUCCUGGACGCGCACAUCCUACGUAUAACGUCAUCUUAAGAUGUAUCCGACGUUUACGGGAGACAGGAUCCGUGUUGCGGAUUCCACACCACAAUGGUGGCAGAAUGCGCGUUCGCGUAAACGUGGAGGAGAGAAUCCUGGAAGCAUUCGAGGAGAACCCCAGGAAUAGUAUACGCCGUGCGGCUCAUGCGCUCGGGGUUUCUCGAUUUGUGGUGCACCGUACUCUACGCGAGAACCAACUGCACCCGUAUCACUUUCAGCGGGUGCAGCAACUUCUUGAGCGAGAUUUAUUGCCGCGCAUCUGCUUUUGUGAAGUUUAUGAUAUGUUUUCUUACGGAAAUAAAACGGAUGUAUCACAAGAAUUUGAGUUUAAGCCUGUUUCCAAAGUUGACCUGAAAACAACAAAAAUUAAGGAUGUCGAGAGUCUUUUGACAUUUUUGGAUCCAGCUAAUGCAAAGAAAAUAUGA